AUGGCGAAGGCAUCUUUUGAACGCUUGGCAGCGCAACUAGGUAAGCUAGAAGACGAUGAGGGUGCCAAAGCGAGCGCCAAAGAAGAGACCAAGCCUAAUUUGACUGCCGCUCAGAGGAUCCUGAAGGCCUGGGAGGCAAAGGACUACUUUAGCCUGCUGGGCCUCCCAGAGCCCGAAGCGGACGAGCUGGGCCGGCCCGUGUGGUCGUGCACCGAGGUGGAGGUGUCUAAGGCCUAUCGGAAGCUGUCUAUUGCCGUACAUCCGGACAAGAACCCGGGCGAUGAGGAGUCACGACGGGCCUUCGAAGUGCUCAACCAGGCCCACCGCAUGCUGAAAGACCCCACCGCAAGAGAAGAUGUGCUUCGUGGUGCGGCGGACAAGGCACGAAGACGACGGGAGCAGCAGGAGGCGGCGGCGGACCUGAGCACCCGUAUGCAGCUUAAUGCUGCCAAGAACGAGCGAGUACGAGAGCUGCGCAAGGCCGAGGGUCAGGGCUUGCAGGGACACAUUUUGGAGCAGAUGCGCAAGCGGCAGGAGGAGGCCAAGAGGAGGGCGGAGGCUGCAGCCAAGGCGGCGCAGGCGCGCGGCCGACGGGAGGCCUGCAGCGACGACGAUGAUAAUAAGGGAGGAGGAGGCGGGGGUGCAGCUGGCGGCGAGCGAAUCUCCAACUCCACGGCGGGGUUAUCCUUAACCUACGACUUCGCCAUACUGCAGCAACAACGUCAGCAGCUGGUCAACCUCCUGGAUGCACGCAGUCAACUGCGCACUGCUGUAGCUGGCCACACACUGGUCUGGGUGAUGGAUUUCGUUAUCCUGGAGACUGAAGCGUACCAAUUGACCUGGCCAGUCAACAGGAGGCAUCCAUCACUGCUGCUCGGCAGUGAUGGCGGCAGGGUCCUGCUGCACGGUGGCAGCAGGCAGAAGCUCUCACUGCAUCACAUCGACAGUAGCACCCUGCCACUGCUGAACGGCAAUGGUGCUCCACCUAGGCCAGUGGGUGUCCUGGCGGCAAUCUACGGCAGCGAUACAGCCUCAGGGACCCCGGCGGAGCAAUGGAUCAUGCACAAUACCCUCCGGGCAGCCCAUAGCCCGCACACACCAGGACCUGGCCUGCCCUGUACUAGGCUACACUUCCUGGACCACGAUGAUUUGUGUGCGGCCUUAAAUAUGUGGGUACAUAACACGGCAGAAUCAGCCCCCACGCACCCGGACGACCUCAUCCAAUGGUGGCCAGGCUUCGAGCGGGUGCUGGCCCUAUCGGCUGCCCGCCUAAACCAACAGGCACGCAUGCGUCAGCUAAUUGGAGCUGCAGACGAUGUUGCUGCUCAAGCCCAGGCCGACAGGGUCCUGGUGGAAGCGGAGGAGGGCGAUGCUUCGGCUCUUCCACGACGUGCACACCAGAAGAAGCGGCUAGGGCUGGAGCGCAGGUUGUUACAGUAG